ACCUUUUCCUACCAACAUACACGCCGAAAUAGUGCCAGGAAAUAUGUACGGGGAACCCGGGGAAGAUGCAAAAGAUGGAGAAUAUUAAUUAAAACCGGCACGCUGAAAGCCAUAUUUCUUACCAUGUGAAAGUUACACUUGACCGAAUCUCUCUUAUGUUUGCUUCUACUGCUGAUGGCGGUCGCAACCGAUUUUGACCUUUUUACAACCUCCCGGUUUCGUAAAGGUCUUCACUCCACCAAUAACGACACAGUUUUCCUGCUAAAUAGGUCUAUCGUCUUAUAAAGAUGAAACUUGGGUUGCUUAUGAAUAUCUUGUUUUUGGCUGGGAGGGGAGCCACACAGGGAACAAGCUGUCUUGAUGUGGCUCUCACCGAGAUCCCUUCAUGUGCGCAAUCAUGUUUCCUUCAGAAUGCACCGUCUAUCGGGUGCGAUGGUACUGAUUUUACCUGUCAAUGCCAAAAAGAGGCUACGCUUUACGCCGCAGUCGAACCCUGCGUUGCUUCUGGAUGCCCAGAGCCGUCGUUUCAAGCUGUCAUUGAUGGGGCUUCUUCUGUCUGCAAUUGCGCAACUGCCAUUCACGGGGGUUUAGUUGCUGAAAACUCAUUCGGUUCUUUGACCGUAGCCCCGACUGUCAUUGCCUCCGGUUCAGCGGUUUCUUCAGUCAUCGGUACUGUCACUGGCACAGUCAUUGAGAACCCCACGGGUACAAGCGCCCCCAGCGCCCCAGCAAGUACCACCUCAUCUCGGAGUUCCGCUCGGAAUUAUCGGAGCGAUUUGGAAUGUGGCUUUCCAAGGAUCGUGUUGGUGGUGGUACUCAUAUUUUCUACUUGUUUAUCCUAGUAGAACGACGUUGUCGGAUGGGUAGAACGAGGAUCGCGAUAUCGUAUAAUACUGUUAGCCUUGAACAUCAAACACAGUUCUGAUUAUCAAAUUGUAUCUGGAGGGGCUGGUUUCUUCUAGGUGUCAACAUCAUCCUGAACAUAUACUGUAUUUAACCACACGCUCCAAU